AUGGCGGAGAGGAAGGGGCGUAGAGCACAAAUUGUAAUGAAAAUGGCAACGAGGGUGAGGUAUGGCAGCUCGGAGGUGGCGCCGAAAUACACCGCUUGUGCAAUAUGUUUGGAGGAGUUUGAGAAUGGCGAGGAUUGCCAGAUUUUUGUGGGCUUCAUAGGCGCCACCCAAACCCACCGUGACAAUGGACACGGCAUGGCGACGAGAGCGGCGACCAGGGUGGCCACCGUGAACCCUGAGGAAUUGAAUCAUCAGAUUCAUAGGGCGAUGGAGAAACUGACGAUGCCAUUGGUAGAUUAUGGUUGCAAGGAGAAUGAUGGGGAAGUGGCGGGGUCGGAGUUGAACGAAUGUGCGAUAUGCUUGGAGGCGUUUGGGAACAGAGUUUCGUGCAGAGUUUUCCCUAAUUGCAAGCAUAUGUUCCAUACGCAUUGCAUUAUAAAAUGGUUGGGGAUUAAUCUAACUUGUCCCAUUUGUCGAACCCACUUGUAA